UCUAGGGGAAGAGGGUGGAGGCCUUGAAUACAGGGCCAUCUGAUGUAUGUCUGGAGCGUUGAAGACAUGCAUAUCCCUCUUCUGUGCAGUUCCGCUUCUAGAUGUUUACCCUCAAGAAGGCACCUGAUGUGCCGAAGCUUUAUGUCCCGGGGCGCAGGUGACAGCCCAGUUGCCCAGCUGUCGCCGACUGGCUGCUGGGCCCCCUUAGCUGGGUCAGUUGGAGUUUACGUCCACUGGCCCAGACCAGGUUUUUUGAGGAGUAUUUGGUGUGAAGAUGCUUGUGACGUGAAGGAAAGCAUCAGGUGCAGCUAGAUUCACAGAGCAUGAUUUCUAGUUUUGUGAUGUGUGUUAAAAAGAUGGGGACCCCACCCAGACAGCACCUGGGAGCCCACAGGCCUCUGCCUGGGCAGCCGCGGGCAAGAGGCUUUAGUGGUUUGGCUCCUUGGCAGUCUCUGGGUGCUCUUACCUGCUGGCUAAAGAUAGGUGGGUGGGAAGGGAAGGCGGAGGUGGGGCCAGCUUUCCCCUGGCUGUUUCUUCUCAGUUGGAUUUGGGGCUUCUGCAGGGGCCCUUGUGGCCCCCUGAUUGUUGCUGGGGAGCAGGAGCCCCCGGGGGGUGAGGGAGACACCCAGGUGCCCUCAGUCCCUUUUCCUUCCUCUCCCCUCGCUGUCAUUGUCUUGCAGGCAAGCGAGGACAAGGUGAAGCAGCUCAUAAGGGAGAUUGGCCGCGAGAUCCAGCAGCUGAACAUGGCCGGCUGCUACUGGCUGCCGGGAGCCACCCUCGAGCACGUUGCCCGCUGCCGCAGCCUGGUGAAGGUGAACCUCGCGGGCUGCCACCUGACGUCCCUGCGCCUGUCCCGGGUGCUCUCAGCCCUGCAGCACCUGCGCUCGCUGGCCAUCGACGUCAGCCCCGGCUUCGACGCCAGCCAGCUGAGCAGUGAGUGCAAGGCCACACUGAGCCGCGUGCGGGAGCUCAAGCAGACGCUGUACACACCCUCUUAUGGCGUGGUGCCCUGCUGCACCAGCCUCGAGAAGCUGCUGCUCUACUUCGAGAUCCUCGACCGCACACGCGAGGGUGCCGUCCUCUCAGGCCAGCUGAUGGUGGGCCAGAGCAACGUGCCCCACUACCAGAACCUGCGCGUCUUCUACGCCCGCCUGGCCCCCGGCUAUGUCAACCAGGAGGUGGUGCGCCUCUACCUGGCCGUGCUCAGCGACCGCACACCCAAGAACCUCCAUGCCUUCCUCAUCUCUGUGCCCGGCAGCUUUGCCGAGAGCGGGGCCACCAAGAACCUCCUGGACUCCAUGGCCCGCAACGUGGUCCUGGACGCCCUGCAGCUGCCCAAGUCCUGGCUCAACGGCUCAUCCCUCCUCCAGCAGCUGAAGUUCCACAACCCCUUUUACUUCAGCUUCAGCCGCUGCACCCUGUCCGGCGGCCACCUCAUCCAGCGGGUCAUCAACGGUGGCAAGGACCUCCGGAGCCUGGCGAGCCUGAACCUCAGCGGCUGCGUCCACUGCCUGUCCCCGGACUCCCUCUUCCGCAAGGCGGAGGACGCUAUUGACAGCGGCAUCCUUGAGACGCUGGUGGCGUCCUGCUGCAACCUGCGCCACCUCAACCUCUCGGCCGCCCACCACCACAGCUCCGAGGGCCUGGGCAAGCACCUCUGCCAGCUGCUGGCCCGCCUGCGGCACCUGCGCUCCCUCUCCCUGCCCGUCUGCUCCGUGGCCGCCUCGGCUGCCAGGGCCGACCGGGCUCCCGCCCAGCCCGCCACGCACGCGGUGCCCCGGGGCUUCGGCAAGAAGGUGCGUGUGGGCGUCCCAUCCUACCCCGCCUCCGUCUCGGGGCCCGCCACCCCGCAGCCCGCCUCAGUGUUCUGGGCCCUGCUGAAAAGCGUGUCCUUUCUGGAGCGCCUCGAGCUCAUUGGCUCCAACUUCUCCUCCGCCAUGCCUCGCAAUGAGCCCGCCAUCCGGAACUCCCUCCCGCCCUGCAGCCGGGCACAGAACGUCGGGGACUCGGAGGUGGCCGCCAUCAGCCAGCUGGCCUUCCUGAAGCACCUGACGCUGGCCCAGCUGCCCAGUAUCCUGACGGGCUCUGGGCUGGUCAGCAUCGGCCUGCAGUGCCAGCAGCUCCAGUCCCUCUCGCUGGCCAACCUGGGCAUGAUGGGCAAGGUGGUCUACAUGGCUGCCCUCUCGGACAUGCUGAAGCACUGCAAGCGGCUGAAGGACCUCAGGCUGGAGCAGCCCUACUUCAGCGCCAACACCCAGUUCUUCCAGGCGCUGAGCCAGUGCCCCUCCCUGCAGCGCCUGUGCCUGGUUUCCCGCAGCGGCACCCUGCAGCCCGAUGCCGUGGUAGCCUUCGUGGCCCACUGCCUGCACCUCGUCGUCUGCCACAUGUUCACCGGCGAGUCCCUUGCCACCUGCAAGAGCCUGCAGAAGUCGCUGCUCCGGAGUUUCCAGGCGGAGCGGCCUGCGCUGAACGUCGUCAUCUUCCCUCUGCUGCACGAGGGCCUGACGGACGUCAUCCGCGACGUCCCCAUGAUGCACCUGGACGAGAUCACCUUGUUCAAAAGCAGAGUGGCCGAGGAGCCGCCGGACUUGUGGUGGUGAGCAGGGUGGACCGGCCAGGCCCCCUCCCCACCACUUCCCUCAGGCCUCAGAGGCCCCGAGCCAGGCGUUAGCUGAGGUGUCUGUCAGACACGGGGACCCUGGCUUGCCCCACAGGAAAGCCCGCCUGCCGCCAUGCCUGCUGUGUCCCCCAGGGCCUGCACCUCGGUGCCCUCCCCUCACCUCCUCUCGUGGCCCCAUUGCUUGGUAGAUCUGGGUGAGGGGCUGCCCUUUGAGAUGCUGUGGGGAGAAUAAAGCAGAUCACGGGCGCAGAUGUGGGCCGGCCAUGGGGCGUUGUGGGCCUGGGACGUGGGUCACCGGCAUGGUGUCCUGGAGGCCCUGGCUGUGUCCCCGAUGGCGCUGCCCAGCUCCGCCUCAGCAGAGCCCUCUUUGUCCUCAUGCUCAUCGCUGACCAACCCCAUCCCACAGGGUGGCCCUGAGGGCAGCAGGAACUGAGGGCCGGGGGCCACGCCUGGGGGUGGGGUGCAUGGUUGUUGGGGGGCCCUUGUGUGGGUGUUUGUCUCAGCACCCGAGGGUGGUGCACUGAAUGUGCAGGCGCCCAUGAGGGGUGCCAGUGUAUGUGGGGUCGUGUGGAUGUGCACUGAAUGUGGGGGUGUCCACGUGCUCUUUCUGCUGAGGAGUGUGGUGAGCACCGUGACAGAGAGGCGCCACGCUUUUGGGGGGGCGCUCGCAUUCUGUGGCCGCACAUCUGGGGUUCUCCUUCCCAUGAAGACGAUCUUAGUCCAGUCACGCCUCUGUGCCCCCCACCACGUGACCACCAGUCACACCCCGUCCAUCGCUGGGGGUGCGUACCCCGAGACCAGGGCCCCUGCUCGGCCACCGUGAAUAGUGUGUGUCGUCUCUUAGUGUGUAUUGUGGAUAUUUACACACCCUGAGAUUUAAAAAUCCCCAAAAGGAUGUUUGAGGCCUGAGUUGUGGUCACAUGGUUCCUUUUCAGGUAACUCUGUUUAGUGCGUUAGGACACAUGGACGCAGCCUUGGUGAGAAGGAGGCGCAGUGUCUGGGGCCUGGCCGCCUGCUGCAUGGGGGCCUUUGCCCCCCAACCCCAUACUCUCCCUGCAGCUGUCACUCUCACGGCUGGUGGGGGCCACAGGGGUCCCCUCCCCCAGAGGUGGCUAGGCUGGGGCUCACAGGGUGGGCUGGCUCCAGCUCGGGGUGCCUCAGCCUCCGUGGGGGAUGUGGGGGGGAGCUGCCUCCCCCUGGGGCCGGGACCUGGGGCCGUGCCCACUGCCUUGGCACCCCCUCCACCGGGCCCAGCUUGCCUGCUAGCGCCUGUCCUGGCUGCACUGUGUUUCUGUGGCUUUGGGACCCCCGUCCCGUGGCGGCUAAAGCACUGAGCCGGCCUUUCCCCGGGCUCUUGAGGCAGAUGUCUCCAGCAGCUCGAUCCCUGGGCUCGAGUACACCCCUGGUGCUCGGCUGGGGUUGGGUCGUGGAAGGAACCCAGGCUCAGACCACUCUUUCCAGAGUUUUCUCUGAGUACUUGUCUGCCAUGGCUGCCUCUUUGCACUCUGCUCGUCUUUCCCUCCCCGACAGAAUGGACUGGACUGUGGCCCAGGUGGGGCAGCAUGCUGGGGUGGGGUCUCAGCCCUCUUCACCCCAUUCUCCUCGCUUGGGCACAGGCGCCCACUCCCUGCCCCAGGCUGGAGCCCGAGCAGAGCCCAGAGGGACCCUCUCUGCUGAUACCCAGCGAACGGCCUGCCGCGAGCCCCACACGUUCUCCCCCCGAGGUCCCCACGGCCUCCGCGAGACAGAGCGUCCUGAUUUCCUGGCCUGGCAGGCGCAGGGGCUGCUGCUCCUCAGUAUGGGUCCGGGCCUGCUGGAGGGGUCCAGAGGUGGGGGGAGGCCCCUGCCCCCCACUUCUGGGCUUUUCUUUCAAAGCUUUAAAGUGGUACCUGGAGACCCCAGGGGAGGCUGGUCAUAUCGAGGCUGGAGCUGCCGGGGCUGCUGACUUCUUGCCCCAAGGCAAGGUUGUGGCCGCGGCCAGCGGGAGGCAGGAGCACUGGCAGCCCCAGCUCUCGGCCACGCGGGGCCUUUGUGUUCUGGGCGCUGUGGCUUUGGGGCCUCCCUUCCACCCGUAGCAGAGCCGAGAGAAUCGUCUUCCCCAGGAGUGCAUUGAAGAGGCCGCGGCUGUGUUCUCGUGAGCCAGCGAUGCCACGGCCGGGCCAGCCAGGUGGUGUGUCCACUGUCCCGGGGAGGCCGGGGGUCCUUGGCCCCUUCUCCAGGAGAGGCAUUCCCGCUCCUUCCCCACCCGAGCCAGGCCUCACCGGAUGUUAGUAAUGUGCUUGUUUUUGCUAAGUGCGAUUUUGGCACCAAUUUUAAUUGCAGUUUAUGUUCUGCAGCAUCUUGUGCCAGGAAGAGCCCACCUGGGUCCCUGCCUGGCCGUGCCGGGCUGUUUGCUGCAGAGCACGUGCUGCGGGUGGGCACCGCACAUCGGGGGGCAAGGGGGGAAGGGAUGAGGGUGCCUCCCCAUUUUUCUUCCACAGAAAACGUCCCUUGGCCCUCGAGGCUCCUCCUGCACCCCCACCUUGCCCCUGGAUCCCGUGACCCUUUCUCCCUGAGCCCCUCAAAUCUGGGUCUGGUGGGCCCUGCCGGCCCCCUGGGCUCUCAGUUUGCUUGGCCCCAAGCCACUCAGCCCGGGGACUCCCAGGGAAGGCCGGCGCUCCCGAGGAACCGGAGGGAAGGCGCACUGGCUGCAGGCAGCUCCUCUCGUUUCCCAGGAAAGGCAUUUUGCAUGUUGUACCCGCCCCCGCCAGGGGACCUGCCGGGAUGCGGGCAGGGGCCCUUCCUCAUGGACCUGCAAGGGCCAGGGGGGCGGCACUCAGCUCUCAGGCCCAGGAUGGACCUGGCUGUCCUGCACUCCCCGUGGCAGGGGGGCCCCAAGAAGAGGGAGGCUGGGGGGACCCAGGACACGCCCAGGACAGGCUCAGGACAGGCUCAGGCCUCAGGCCUGGACACACACCUGGGCUCCCUGGUCAGACUUGCAGGUCUGAGUGGGGGUGCGGCCCCCCCGGGGACCCAGGCCGGAGGAGCUGGGGCCGAGUGAGUGGCCUUGGGGCUCCUGUGACCAGCGACCUGCCUGGACCAGGAGGGGCAGCGCUGGGGCUGGGUGGGGGCUGCCCUCGGUGACCUUUGCCCUUUUUGGACAUGGAUGUGGCGAAAAGCUUGUCAGAAAAGACAGUGAAAGGGCGUGAGUGGAUGGGCGUGACAGGGCAGUGUGGCCGUUGGGGUCCAGCCAGUCCAGCACCUGGGACGGGGGCUGGAGGUUCCCUGGGCAGCACAGAGGCCCACACCCCACCUUCAGGCACGUCGGCCCUCCCCACGGUUCCUCCCUCGCUCCUUUCCUCUGACAGGGAGGGCGGGGGGCUUGUGGGGGCCACUGGUCUCGUUUUCACUUGGGGAUGCAAGGCUCUAAUGAGGAGGUUCUCAGAAGGAGAAAGCUGGGGCUGACGCAGGCCUGUCGGCGGAGCAGAGUGACUAACUCCUGAGGCUCUUCCCGAAACACUGAUGCAGGAGCUUUUCCGCUGAUGUCACAGGGUUGAGGCCCCCGGCUGCACCCCCUCUGGGUAGCCCCUGCUGCUCUUGCAGAACCUGGGGCUGGGGGUGCCCCCGGCUGCCGUCAGCAGUGCCUGUCGCUGACCCUGGGGCAGAAGCCAGAGGAGGGGCUGCGUCAGAACGUGCAGGGUGUGAGCAGGUGUGCGAGGGGGCAUGUGAGUAUAGUGAGGGGGUUGGAGGGGAAGUGCAAGGGGGCAUGUGUGCGCGUGCGAGAGGGUGUGUACACACGAGGGAGUGUGUGUACGUGAGGUGGCGUGAUGGGUGUGCAAGUGACUGCUUGUGCACAUGGCACUCAUGCUCAGAGUCCGGGCAGCCCCAGCGCCGGCCCCGCUCUGCCUGCUGCCCACUGCGACUGACCAGAAACUGUUUGUGCACAGUGUGCUUUCGGGGUGCUGGGAGAGCACGCUCUGGCCUGCGGGGGGAAGACGUGAGGCAGGGGUGGGGUGGGGUGGGGGUCCUGGUCUCUGUGACACGGUGCUGACAGCUCACGGGUGCCACCCCCUUCCCACGACAGACCCCUCCUUGUCGUCUGUCCACGAACCGCCCGUGUGGUAUUCCACGGUGACACUUGCGCCCAAGUUUUUGUGUUCCUUUUAGCAAACUACAUUUUGAAUGGGUAUUUUCAUGUGAAUUUGUGGCAUGUAAAAAAUUUCAAAUAAAGUAAAAUUAAUUUAGAAUAA